UUAAAAUUCUGUAAAAUUAAAAAUCUUUGACAUCUUCAUCUUCGUUUGAAAAGUGGAUUUACAAGUGGAGGAGGGAACAAGAAUGGAGACGAAUAGACAAUUUGUCAGGCCUGGUUUAAUAGUUAGAUAUCACUGAAUCCAUUUUGUAUGCUUGUUUGUGCAAUCCAAUCGUUUGCUUGUUUUGGACUUUGUAUGACGUAUCGCUAAAACACCUCUUGAGAUAAGAGUGGGUGGGAUAUUUUGCGAUUCGAAGGAAGGCUUUUCCUAUUAAAAUAAAACAUGGCAUCUCAACCCAACCACCCAACCUACCCUUCUCAGCCUGGGCAACCAAGCUAUGGCUGGGCUGUCCCGGUAGAUCAAGGACCACCACCUCCGUACAAUUCAAAUCCACCGCUUAAUCCACAACCACCCGCAGCUCCAGCCAACAACAUGUACGGUGGUGCAGAUUACGAAUCCGGAGGACUCGGCGAUGCCGCGUUUUCCUUCUCUGAAAAGUCUAUCCGUAUGGCUUUCGUAAGGAAGGUGUACGCGAUUUUAAUGGUGCAGCUUGCCAUCACAGUGGGAUUCAUAUCUCUCUUUGUCUACGAACCGAACGUCAAGAUGUACUCCCGUCAACAUCCUGAAAUGUGGUGGAUCGCGUUUGUCAUGACCUUCGUCCUUUUAAUCGUUCUGGCGUGUUGCAACGAUUUCCGACGACGCUGGCCUUUAAAUAUUAUUUUACUGGGACUUUUCACGGCUUGCGAAGGCUUUAUGCUUGGCGCUGUCUCGUCUCUCUACAGAUCGGAAGAUGUGCUAAUCGCCGCUGGUAUCUGCACGGGGGUUUGUCUUGCGCUCACCAUUUUUGCUAUGCAGACUAAAUGGGACUUCACGGCUUGUGGAGGAAUCCUUUUUGUCUGCGUCAUCGUUUUAUUCAUUUUCGGAAUCGUUGCCAUCUGCAUUCCCGGAAAGGUUAUCCAUCUCGUUUAUGCCUCGCUGGGUGCGUUACUUUUCAGCGUUUAUCUAGUCUUCGACACCCAAUUGAUGCUCGGUGGUAAACACAAGUACUCGAUCUCCCCUGAAGAGUACAUCUUCGCAGCUCUUAAUCUCUACUUGGACAUUAUCAACAUCUUCUUGUACAUCCUAGCUAUAGUUGGCGGCUCACGUAACUAAAGGGUGUUGGUUUUCUUCCCAAUUAUUCAGAAAUCUCCACAGAGUUAAUUUCUUUAACCUAGUUAGUCAUAGUAUUUUGUCUGUCCAUAAUUUUUUUUUAACAUUAAACUAAUUGCUUGAGACCGUAAUCUCCUCAAAAUUGCUGUUACUUCAUUGGUUUCCGUUUAGCUUGAUGUAACCAUUCCACGUCCAUUGCUAUUAUCUAUUAUAUUAUAUAAAGUUAUCGGGCAUAUCAAUGGACGAAAUCAAUGGAUAAGGUACUCUUUAGAAAUAUUGAGAUACGGUUGUGUUUCUCUCGCCCCUUUUUUAAGUUGGAAAUUCAGCCAACUUGCCAUUGACGUUAUUUGAUUUCGAAUUCAUUUGGUAUGGCCAUAAAUGUCGAUUAAUGUUCAAGCCCCCAAACAUACGCUUUUAGUUGUGGCUAAAACAUUCAUUCAGUUGUGAGCUAACAAAGUGUAUUGAAAUAAACCAAGUUAAAUCAUU